AUGCUGGACAACGAAAUAGAUGAAGAUCAAAAAGUGGUGGAGUUCGACUUCCCGUUGCCAAUCAACUCAAUCACCCAAAACCUCGUCAAGAGACACGCCAAAAUAUCCAGCAUAAUCGGGUUGCCCAAGGAUGAUGACUUGCUAGUGUUCAUCUUCGAAACGGCGGCAUCGCUAUGUGACCCUUUCACUCAGCCUGAGGAAACCGAGGAGUCUGUGCUCAGCGUUGACGCCGUGUCUGACUUUCUCAUUGCCUUGUCUUACACCAAAUAUGUCCAAGACAACCACCUGGAAGUUAACUUUGUCAGGGUGGACAUCGAGUCCAUCAAGUUUGAGCUUUCCCUUGCAUUUUUCAAAUUGUUGAGGUUCAUCCAUCGUGUAUUAAACGCUGAAAACGAGCUCAGAACAAGGUAUGUCAAUAAUGAUGAAGAGCAUUGGGCACAGAACCUUCCACAGUGGACGCCCAAACCUCCGUUGGAUUUAGAGGAAUUCAACUUAAAACUAAUCUACUCAAUCGCAUGUAUUUUGAUCUUGGGGAUCUACAAAUUAUUCAAACCUACCGACGAUUCGGUGCCGUACAAUCUAAUGGUAAAUCCAUACCUUCACUACCUACUCAAAUUGUGGAAAUGUCAUACCAACAUCAUUCUCUUAGGUCUCGAAAUUGAUCGAAGAAUCGAAUUUGAUAAUCAUGAAAAGGGAGAAAUGAUGGAUACCCCUGAAAUCGUCAAACAAACUCUAAAAGGCUCUUCAUCCAUAAGGUAUAUCUUGUCCUGGAUUAUCAACCAAAACCCUUCACUGUUCUACGACGAAGACAUAACGGAUAUAGAGGAACUCGAGACUAAUGACAUGAAGAAGGAGUCUUUGCUAAAUUUUAUACAACCAAUACUCAGAAAGAAGAUUAAUGGUGGAAGUCUACUGAUCGAUAUGAGAUUAGUUAUCAUCGGAUUGUUGAUUAUUAACACCGGUAUUUCCUAUACACCGGGAUUGUAUCAGAAGGAGGAAGAGCCUUCUGCAAAUGAAGAUGAAGCCACGCGCAGACUCAAUAGAAUCAAACCCAUAACCGAGUUGGGCGAUAUUUUAAUAGACCUUGAGUAUGAGGAUAGGUUUGAUGAAGAUAUCAGGUACAUAUUUGAAUAUGAGUUUGAAGACGAGUGGGAAAAAGGUGAGGAUGAAGAUUCUGAGCAUUUGGUAGAAGACGAAGAGACCGAUGAUAGGAAAAUCAAUAAUGGUACAAAUGAAAUGGUCCACGGUUCCAAUGAGAUUAAAGAUCAAGAUGGACAAGCAGCUAUGAGAUCGCCUGAUUCUACUUCAAUUGAGUUUGAUGACAAAGGUAGAGAUUGGAGAGAUGUUCCAAGAGGUCAAAAUAGUGAGUUUCAAGAAUGGUUUUUGACAAAGUUGGAGAAAUAUGAGCAACUGCAAAACAAGCAAGAUUCGGAUGAUUUCUUUAAUUCGUGGAACGAGUUGUAUGAGACGUUUGAGUAUUUGAGUACAACUAGUAUUGAAGGGGACGUUGAAUCCGAAACCAAGCUUGGUCAAGUUGUUAUUAAUUCCAUAUCUAAGGCUAUUAAGCAAGAAGUUGAAAACUUACAUGCAUCCGAUGACCUGAAGAAAUCAGAAGUCUCCCAGUCUGCCAUAACUCCAGAUAAAAUAUACCAAUACUGGCUAACAUCAGCUACAGAGAAAUCAGUUCAGAUCACACAAGAGAAUAACAAAUUAAUAGUGCCGAUUCUCAGUAUCACUAGAUUUGAGAUUUUUCUCCAUAACAAUAGCAAGCUUGCUAGAUGUUUAAUGGAUGAAAUGUUGAUGUGUAAUGGUUACAGAAGAGUGCUAAUUUGGUUCCUUACCCAUAAUUUGAACCUUUCUACGUUAUUGAUUGACUAUGUCUUUGAGCUCCUAGUCGGUAUUAGGGGUUCCAAUCAGGGUCAAGCACCGUACAAUUUCACGAGAAAGGGAGACAAGCUAGAGUUGAGUGAAAUCGAACGGCUGAUGUUACUUCACGAGUUUCUCACCAACAGUAGCAUGUACCUUUCAUCCACAGAAGGAAUUGAAAUUGAUGAUGGAUACAAAGUUGUUUUGGCCGAGUCCAUCGCAAUGAAGUAUAUGUCGCUAAUGUGUCUCAUGAUCAACCAGCUCAUGAGAAUAGGUAUUAUAGAUUUGAACCGCCCCAAAAACGCCGAAGGGGUCGAUGAUGAUAUUCAUGACUACAGAAACGAAUUGCAGGUUUUACUCAUCAAUUGGGUGGGGAAACUACCUGAAGCAAGACGGCUAUUUUUCAUGGUCAAAAACUACAAUGAGGACAAGCGGGAUGAUGAAGUCACUGAAGUGAUAGGCAGUGAACUGGGUGAAUCUACGAUGGCAGCUCAAAUCGAGCUUCUUGAGAAGUUCCAGACACUUCGUACCCAAGAGGUAUCUGAAUAUUUGGAAAAUAAUGAGAGCGACAUGAAGCUCAUAGCAAAUCUUGCAAGGAAGUUCGAGUUGUAUCUUGGAAUGGUAUUAACACCCAAGGAGUCGGGCAUCAACAACAAUGAGUUGAAGAACAUCCAACAGCAUUUUGCCAUGUUUUUCGAGUACUUUAAUACCUUGUGCAGAAUCGAGUUUGUUGCAGAGUACCUAUUCGAAAAGUUCGAGACUGUGAUCUCUACGGGACAAAACGAGGUGAAGCCCACCUCGCUUAGCCAUGAAGCAGCCGCAAAUGAGUUUGCAGAUGCCGAAUUCAGCGCCGAAUUCCUCGCAACGCCAGCGGGCGUCGACAACACCAAGCCCAAGUCUACCAAGCCCAAGAAAAGCAACAAGAAAAAGAAUCGAAAGAAGAGGAACAAUCAAUUAAGAAGUGCUAUUCCAAGAUCAUUACAGUUCACCGCAAAGAGAAUGUCUUCCUUCACCCCACACCAGGUUAAGACCGCUACCGCCCCAGGCCCAGCUGCCCCUUAUUCACAGGCAGUCAAGAUCAACGGAUUCGUCUAUGUGUCUGGCCAGAUCCCAUACACUGCCCAAAACAAGCCAUUGCCAGCCGGUGCUUCUAUUGAGGAACAGGCAGAGCAAGUGAUUCAAAACGUGUCCAACAUCUUGGAGGCUGCCAACUCUUCGUUGAAGCAUGUUGUCAAGGCCAACAUCUUCUUGACUGACAUGAAGAAGCAGUUCGCCCCAUUCAACUCUGUCUAUGGUAAGUACUUCGAUGAGAUGAAGCCUGCCAGAUCGUGUGUGGCUGUCAAGGAGUUGCCAUUGGGCGUCGACUUGGAAAUGGAGGUCGUUGCCGUGGAAAAGGAAGACCCCAAGUUGUAG